UGCCCAGCCUCUUAGCAGGUGAGAGGGGGGCCCAGCUCGGAGAGACACCUCGGACCAUUUCCUGACCUCUCCAAGCAACAAAGGGGAAAGUCAGUCCAUUGCUUUCCACUGCUGAAGGUGGUCAAUACUUGACGCGAAGAGGGUGACAAAGGAAGAGCCACAACUAAGGAACAGAAGGGUCAGCAAUGACCCCAGACACCUCUCAGCUCCCCCAGUGAUCUUGGACAAGAAGGACUCAGAGAUGAAUCUCCAAAGGCAAGUGGGUGCGGCGGCGCCCGCGGAGCCCCUCACUCACCCGGGCCGGCCGCGGAGCCGGUCCCCGCCGCGCUGCUGGGCCAGAUCCAACCCGUACCAAACUGACCUGCUUCGGGAUGGCGUGCGUAGGUACCUGCAGCUGCCGGCAGACCAGACGGUACUGAUACUGCAUGCAAAAGUCGCACAAAAGUCAUACGGCAAUGAAAAAAGGUUUUUCUGCCCCCCACCUUGUGUUUAUCUGACCGGGCCAGGGUGGAAGUUAAAGCAGGAGCAGAUCAAAGCCAGGGACCUGGGAGAGGCCGGUUCCCGGGUGUGCGGGUACAUGGGGCUGGACAGCAUGGGCAGCAGCCUCACGGAGACGCAGAAACUCAGCUUCGAGGAGCAGCCGGACUCGAAGGGCUUCGGCUGCGCCAAGGCGCUCUACAUCUCGGACGCGGACAAGCGCAAGCAUUUCCGCCUGGUCCUGAAGCUCUUCUUCAGCAACGGGCAGGAGAUCGGCACCUUCCACAGCAAGCUCAUCAAAGUCAUCUCCAAGCCCUCGCAGAAGAAGCAGUCGCUGAAGAACACGGACCUGUGCAUUUCCUCGGGCUCCAAAGUCUCGCUCUUCAACCGCCUGCGCUCCCAGACUGUCAGCACCCGCUAUCUCUCCGUCGAGGGGGGAGCCUUCAUCGCCAGUGCCCGGCAGUGGGCAGCCUUCACCCUCCACCUGGCCGACGAGCGCUGCGCCUGGAGCGAGUUCCCCCUGAGGGAAGGCUACAUCCGCUACGGCUCCGUGGUCCAGCUCAUCUGCACGGCUACCGGCGUCGCUCUGCCUCCCCUGAUCAUCCGGAAGGUCACCAAGCAGUGCGCCAUGCUGGACGUGGACGAGCCCAUCUCCCAGCUCCACAAGUGCGCCUUCCAGCUGCAGGGCAGCGACCGCAUGUACCUGUGCCUCUCCACAGAGAAAGUCGUCCAGUUCCAGGCCUCUCCCUGCCCGAAGGAAGCGAACCGGGAGCUGCUGAACGACGGCUCCUGCUGGACCAUCAUCGGCACGGAGACGGUGGAGUACACCUUCAGCGAGAGCCUGGCCUGUGCCCGUGAGCCCGUGAGCCCUGUCCCGCUCAUCACCGCCCUGCAGCUGACGGGCGGAGGGGACGUGGCCAUGCUGGAGGUGCAGGGCGAGUAUUUCCACGCACACCUGAAGGUCUGGUUCGGAGACGUGGAAGCAGAGACGAUGUACAGGAGCCCCAAAUCCCUGGUGUGCGUUGUCCCUGACGUCUCUGCGUUUGGCAGCGACUGGAGGUGGCUGCGAUAUCCCAUCACCGUCCCGCUCCUGCUGAUCAGGGACGAUGGGCUCAUCUACUCCAGCUCAUUCACGUUCACCUACACCCCAGAGCAGAGCUUCCUCCCCGGGCAGCCCGUCCUCUCGGACAUCCCGCAGGACUCGGACAAAUUACUUGACAGUAUCCACCAGGAGUUCACCAGGACCAACUUCCACCUCUUCAUGCAGAGCUAGCAAGCUGGUCCCCCUGGCCACCGGCACUGCAGGAAGCAGAGAGGAUCCCUGCGGGAUGCUCAGCAGGCUCAAGGCAGUCCCUGCUGAAGGUCCUCGCUGUCCAUCAGCUGUCCACCGCGUUAUUUUGAUUUGCUAAUCAUCUCUUAUAAUGACAGCACCUCUCCCUAGUGAAAUCUCAUGGGGGAGCAUCAAUAAACCAUGCUUCAAGGACA